CGUGCGGGUGAACGAGCAACCUGGCUUGGCCUCCAUGCACACUCUGUGGACCCGAGCUCACAACACGCUGGCGACUCAGCUGUCUGUUAUCAAUCCUUCCUGGGAUAACGAUAGACUUUAUGAGGAAACAAGACGCAUUAUUGGAGCUUUAAUCCAGCAAAUCACAUACAGAGAUUUCCUUCCAAUCGUGUUGGGAGAUGCACUUAUGAGGGAGUUUGAUCUGUAUCCACUUACUGCAGGAUACAGUAACUCAUACAAUCCCUCAAUAGAUGCGUCCAUUGCCAAUGCAUUUGCAACAGCAGCUUAUAGGUUCGGCCACACGCUGGUGGACGACUCGCUCCGCGGCGCCGGAACUUCUAUUCCGCUGGUGGGGAACUUCUUCAACCCGAGGCCUUUGUUCCAGUUCCAGACGAGGCCCUCGGCGUUGUUGGAGGGUCUUGCCUCUGUAAAUGCACAGCCGGCCGACGCCUACCUCGUGCCCUCUCUCACGCACAACCUCUUCAAGCAAGAGACAGAGUCUGUCGGGAUGGAUCUGAUGGCACUCAACAUUCAGAGAGGGCGUGAUCACGGCAUCCCGCCCUACACAGCGUGGAGGAGAGGCUGCAACCUCCCCGUGCCUGCCUCCGUCAGCGACCUCGCCCAGAUCAUGUCCCCGGCGGUGGCGCAGCAGUUCCAGGGGCUCUAUCCGUCAGUUGACGACAUCGACCUGUUCCCCGCUGGUCUGGCCGAGCAGCCUGUGCCCGACGGCCUGCUCGGUCCUACCUUCACCUGCAUCAUCGCCCACCAGUUCGCCAGACUCAAGCGAGGAGACCGAUUUUGGUUCGAAAAUCCUAACCAGCCUAAGCCUUUUACUGAAGCACAACUGGCUUCCAUCCGGCGGAUCGGCCUCUCCUCAAUCCUUUGCCAAAACAGCAAUCUCGAAUACAUUCAGCUUAACCCUUUCAUUUCUGCCAAUGUUCGUGGUAACGAGCCUCGACCCUGCGCCUCUUUCUCCUCCCUGGACGUGUCUCUGUGGCGGGAAGGAAGCACCACUCAGAGGCCAACGUAUCCUACAGGACCUACACCGUAUCCGCCGACCCAGCCUCCGUCUCACUACCUCCCUGUUCCCCCACCCGGCAGACCGGAAGUACCCGGUCUGUAUCAAACACCAGUGUAGGGGGUCGUCGAUUCGGGAUACAGCCGCCUUGUUAUCGCCGUUUCGAACCAGUGCGUUUGGAUGAUGGAAAUAAAAUUGGAUUUUUA